AUGAGCGGUCUCGAGGUCGCUGGUGUGUUCCUUGGAGCCUUUCCUCUUCUCAUCUCCAGCAUCGAACACUGGCAAAACGUGGCAAAGGUCGGCGGGUACUUUUGUGGAUUUCCACAAAAACAAUUGAUGGACGAUCCAGAUGGCGAUAGCUGGAAAAACAGUGAUCUGCAAGGACGAUUAAAGUUGCGCCUACAGGAGUCCUUCAAAACGUACAUGGAGAUUGUCGCCCAGAUGCAGGAGACUGCGGAAGAAUUAAAGAACGAGCUGUGUUUUCAACCCAAAGUCAUUCAGGGUAAGCUUACUCCUUCCUACGGAACAAAUGAGCGCUCUCCCUCGCCCGGCAAGCUGGAUAGGACAGUGGUGACCAAGGCUACGUUUGACUAUCAAAUGUUUCGAGUCAAAUUCAGCUUGAGAGACACGAUACGAGAGGGGCUUUUUGCGCAGCUCCAAGAAUGCAACGAACGACUGGAAAAGCUGCUCGUUACUAGCAGUCAGAUUCCUGACAAACAAAAUUCUCAGCCUGCUAGCUUUAAACAGAUCUCCACGAUCGAGACUGCCCUGAGCGUAGCACAUAAAUAA